AUGUCAUUUUAAAGUUUAAAAAUAAUACGACUGGAAGAAACCAUUAUUUGUUGUUAUUUUAAUUGCAUUUCUGUGUUAGUCACUGUAAGACGCGUUAAAGAACAAGUUAGAAAUAGUGAAUUAAAUCAUAGCGACGCAUGUCGCCGCGAAUAUGGCGCUAAACAGAGUUGUUGCUGCUUUUUGUUAUUGUUUUCUAUUUUUCAAUAGCGCAGUAAUUUCGCAAUAUUUUGCGGAAAGUGAAAUCAACGACCCCUACGUUUCGUCAGUCUUAAAUUAUUUAAAUGCCAAACGAGGUAGAAUAUACAAUUAUAACAAGGGGAGCUUAAUUGAUGCCCAAAAAAAGGCUGACAUAACUGAGAUUUUGGUUGACGUGUACGUUGAUUGUACGAACGAGUACCCAGACGUGCCAUGCAGGGAGGAGCCCUUUACGUGCCACGCUUUUGUACAAAAUGACGUCGAAGGGGGCGGUUAUAAAAUAAUGAGUGACGUGAAAUGUGUUCCAAAGUUUAGGAACAUCGCUCCCGACGAUACUUAUACCUUGGAAACCACCGAAGCGCCUUUUAAAAACGCGGAUGCGCAGCAAAGUGAUAAAUAUUACACUUCUCCCUUGGAAGCCGCGGAAAAUGUGCAAAACGACGAAAAAAGGUUUGACUUGAGCGUGGAACCCAUUUCGACCGAACAGGACCAAGGAGUAGAUUUCGUAGCCAUGCGGCGCAAUUCGGUUCCGUGUCUGGGGUGUCCAUUCGAUUUGUCCACGGACGCCGACGGUGUCGAAGAACUUGUCUCCAUCGCCUUGCGGCACAUUGAAAGCGAAAGGGAUCCCAAAUACGCAGCUCUUAAAGUGCGAAGACUUCAACGACAGAUUGUUGCAGGGGUAAAAUACAUUCUGCAACUUGAAGUUUCUGCUACGACGUGCCCGAAGUCUGUCCAAUCGUCAAGCGAAUGCCAGUUGGACCUGAACGUCGAACCUAUGACUUGCGAAGUGACGUUUAUAGAAAAGCCGUGGCUUAGCAAAGACAAACUCGUAAUUAGCAAUAAUUGCACAGUAUCUCAAGAGUUCAGCCUUGCUGUUUUCGAGCAGAAAGACGAUUUGGAUAAUGAGAUUAAGCCGUUAAAAGAUAACGCAGAUACGGAAAUGGAUCCCGCGAGAUUAGCGGAUUUGGAAUCUCAGAUUCUGUUGGCCGAACCUAAUGUUAAAGAAACCCCGAAAACCGACGACAGUGGCGUCGUCGCCGUUACAAAUGACACGAGUACGCCCCAGUCCGAUAAUGAAAAUAUUCAGGUGGACCCUCCCAGUAUUGAGGCCCAAACUUACGACCCGCCUCAAGCUCCGGUUGUGGAUGAAGACGGGCCAUUUGUAAUGCUAUACGACCCGCGUCAAGAUCGAACACUUGGCGAACCAGAAUCCGCUCUUGAAAAUCUGACUUUCGAUGGACCCAGUGUCGUGCAGGUAACCGAUGACAGGCUUAAAAGGGCGCUAGAGGGCAGUUCCAGUGAAGAAUCUAAAUCGGACAGUAGUAGUUCCGAAGAGCGAAAAAAUAAAAACAAGAAUAAUCUCGAUGGUGGAAAAACUGGAAUUAGUGUAACUCCGGAAAUUGAAGUUUUUGCUGCCGGAUCAGAAGCCCCACAACAAGUCAGAAGGAAAAGGUCAUUGGAAAAUGCCCUGGGCACUUCUGAAGAAUCAAAUUCCAAUAGUGAUGGUCAUGAAAAAAGGCAAAAAGUCAAAAGGGAUUUAAAAAACACUUCGGAAGAUUCCGAUAGUAAAUCUAACAGCAGCGAAGAGAAACAGCAAAAAGUGAAAAGAGAUUUAGAAAAUACCUCAGAGGAGUCCGAUAGUAAGUCUAACAGCAAAGAGGAAAAACAAGGAAGAGUGAGAAGAGACUUGCACAACACGUCAGAAGAAUCUAAUAGCAAAUCUGAUAGUAGUGAAGAAAAGCAGCACAAAGUGAAAAGAGAUUUGCAAAACACAUCGGAAGAGUCUAACAGCAAAUCAAAUAGUAAGUCAGAUAGUAGCGAAGAAAAAAAGCAAAAAGUGAAAAGGGAUCUGCAAAACACGUCAGAAGAAUCUGACAGCAAAUCAAAUAGUAGCGAAGAAAAGCAGAAAAAAGUGAAAAGAGAUGUGUCAAACACAUCAGAGGAGUCUAAUAGUAAAUCUAAUAGCAGCGAGGAAAAACAGCAAAGAGUGAAAAGAGAUUUGGGCAACACAUCAGAAGAGUCUAACAGCAAAUCAAAUAGUAGCGAAGAAAAGCAGAAAAAAGUGAAAAGAGAUACGCCAAACACAUCAGAGGAAUCUAAUAGUAAAUCAGAUAGUAGUGAAGAAAAAAAGCAAAAAGUGAAAAGGGAUUUGGGAAACACAUCAGAAGACUCUAACAGCAAAUCAAAUAGUAGCGAAGAAAAGCAGAAGAAAGUUAAAAGAGAUGCACCAAACACAUCAGAGGAAUCUAAUAGUAAAUCAGAUAGUAGUGAAGAAAAAAAGCAAAAAGUGAAAAGAGAUUUGGGAAACACAUCAGAAGAGUCUAACAGCAAAUCCAAUAGUAGCGAAGAAAAACAGAAAAAAGUUAAAAGAGAUGCACCAAACACAUCAGAGGAAUCUAAUAGUAAAUCAGAUAGUAGUGAAGAGAAAAAGCAAAAAGUGAAAAGGGAUUUGCAAAAUACGUCAGAAGAGUCUAACAGCAAAUCAAAUAGUAGCGAAGAAAAUCAGAAAAAAGUGAAGAGAGACGUGGCAAACACAUCAGAGGAGUCCAAUAGUAAAUCUAAUAGCAGCGAAGAAAAAGAGCAAAAAGUGAAAAGAGAGACGGGGGACAGUAGCAGUUCCAGCGACAGCAACGACAAAGAUAAAAGCCAUUCAAGCAACAAUAGCGACGACGACAAUAAAGUAGAGAACUCACGGAAGGAGGAGCUUAAGAGUGACAGCAGUUCUGACAGCGACGAUAAGGACAGACACAAACGUUCGGUGGGCAAGCUCGAAAAAAUCACGUCAGACGAAAAGGUUGUUGUUCGCGACUUGGCAGACUUUGCUGCCGCGUCCCUCGACAAGAUCGACGACGACAACCACAAGCGGGUGAUUCUUCAGAUUUUGGGAGCGAAAAAACUGAAACUGGACGGUAUUUACUACCAAAUCAUACUGCGUUUGGGGAUAUCCAAGUGUCUCGAGGGCGAACACAACGAAAAUUGCAGGGAUAAGUUGUUUACGAACCUGACGAAGAUCUGCAAGGUGCAGGUUCACGUAGACGACGACUUUUCCAAUCCGAAAGUGGUCAAAUCGCAGUGUCAGAAUAUCAAAAAGGACGAGAACGAUAGGAAUCGGACGAACUACAGCAGAUACAAACGCGCCAUGCAGUUGGUCGGCGGUCAUACGCCUAUGUCGGUAAACGAUCCGACGAUUCAAGAAUUUGUCAGCGCCAGUUUGGCGCAUUUGGACUCUGUGUCCGAAGGCGACAAUAAGCACAAAGCCAUUGAGGUUAUAUCGGCAACGUCCCAGGUGGUCUCGGGGGUCAGUUAUAACGUCAAAGUGAAAAUCGGCCGAUCGGAUUGUAAACUAGUGGACCCGAAGCCCGUCGAUGCGUGUGACGUCACCGAAGGAUCGGUCCCGGUAGUUUGUACCAUAAAGGUGUGGGACCGACCCUGGCUGAAAAAGAGACAGUAUACCGUGAAAUGUGACGACAAGGAGUAUACGUUCGCUUCCGAUCCUUCGUCUAGGGAAAAAAGGUCUUUGUUCCUUGGAGGCAAAACGGAUAUGUCGGUCGUCCACCCGAGGGCGCGACAGUUUGUAAAAAUGGGCCUCAAAUAUCUGUCGGCCAAAUCGAAUUUCGACGGCGAAUACAUCUUGAACAACAUCAGGCAGGUGCGAAAGCAGACGGUAGCAGGCUCGUUGUGGAACAUCGACACCGUCAUCGAUUUAUGUCCGGCAUAUUCCGAGAUACGAGACACCUGCCGACAGGAGGUUUGCCAGUAUUCGGUACACGAACGACCGUGGUUAAUCGACGGGUUGAACAUGAACGUCACGUGCGAAAGCGACGAUAACGUGUAUUCGUUCACGCCCGGCAGCGAGUUGUAUGAAGAAAACCAAAACCACGUUCACAAUCACUUGACGAAAGCGUUCAAUCAGUUCCUGCAGAAGUACGAAAAGGUCUACAGGAACAAGGAGGAGUACAAUUUUCGUUUAAAGGUGUUUAAGGAUAACCUAAACACCAUUGCCCUGCUUAACAAGUUCGAACAAGGGACGGGCAGAUACGGACUGACCGAGUUUGCCGAUAUGACGUCGAAAGAGUUCUCCAAGUCUCACGGUUUAAGGCUCGACAUGUUAAACGAAAACGAAGUGCCGUUAAAGCGGGCGAUAAUUCCAGAUGUUUCUUUGCCAGUCGAGUUCGAUUGGCGCAAAAAAGGUGCCGUUGCCGAGGUAAAGGACCAGGGAAGUUGCGGAAGUUGCUGGGCGUUUAGCGUCACCGGUAACAUAGAGGGGCAGUUCGCCAUCAAAUACGGUAAACUGCUGGAGUUUUCGGAACAGGAGCUGAUCGACUGCGACAAAAGCGACGACGGUUGCAAUGGCGGUUACAUGACAAACGCUUAUAGCGCGAUAGAAAAGCUUGGCGGUCUUGAACAAGAGUCCGUCUACCCGUACGAAGCGGAAGACGAAAAAUGCAAGUUUGACAGUGCCAAGGUCAACGUGCAGCUCACCGGGGCGUUAAAUAUAAGUCAAAACGAAACGGAUAUGGCCAAAUGGUUGACCGUCAACGGGCCUAUUUCCGUCGGAAUUAACGCCAACGCGAUGCAGUUCUACAUGGGCGGGGUUUCUCACCCAUGGAAAAUGCUCUGCAGCCCCAAGGAUCUCGAUCACGGCGUCCUCAUCGUCGGCUACGGGGUGCACAAAUACUCCCUGUUUAACAAGACACUGCCGUAUUGGAUAGUGAAAAAUUCGUGGGGACCAUCUUGGGGCGAACAGGGAUACUACAGGGUGUACAGAGGAGACGGCACUUGCGGGGUCAAUCUAAUGGCGUCCAGUGCGAUCGUCAAAUAAUAAUAAUAUAUUUUUUACUAAUAUCUAAAUAAUUUUUUCGGUUCGAUGAUUCAUUUACUUACAUCGAAAAUGGACCUUUUGUUUUCUAUAUACUCGGACCUUCUUAAUUAUUCUAUUGGUAAUUGUUUUACCAGUUAAGACGGGAAUGUUGUUGAUUUUGUGUGAUCAAAUUAAUUGGCUGUAUAAUCGCUCUCCUUGAUCUGAAAAUGCUUUCUUUGUUUUUACAUAGAAUUUAAUAUAUUAUAUUGUAUACUUAUCGUUUUGCGAACAAGAUUAACAAAUAAAAUUUAUUUUGGAGUUAA